AUGGCAGGGGACACUGACACACAUCUAAGAGACCGGGCCCAAAAUGACCACGUUAUUCACCAGCCUUUUUUAAUCGGGGUGUCCGGUGGCACUGCCAGUGGCAAGUCAUCUGUUUGUGAGAAGAUCAUGGAAAUGCUGGGGCAGAAUAAAAUUGAUCAUCACCAGAGGCAGGUGGCUAUUCUGAGCCAAGACAGCUUCUACAAAGUGUUGACUCCUGACCAAAAGGCCAAGGCACUAAAGGGCCAGUACAACUUUGACCAUCCAGAUGCCUUUGACAACGAACUGAUCAUGCAAACACUAAAACUUAUACUGCAGGGAAAGACUGUUCAGAUCCCAGUUUAUGACUUUGUGACCCAUUCCAGAAAAGACGAGUUUGUGACCGUAUACCCAGCUGAUGUGGUUCUCUUUGAGGGAAUACUGAUGUUUUAUUCUCAGGAGAUCAGAGACCUCUUCCAAAUGAAGCUAUUUGUUGACACAGAUCCAGAUACACGCCUUUCACGUCGAGUACUCAGAGAUAUUGGUCAGCGUGGCAGAGAGUUGGAACAAGUAUUGGCACAAUACAUAACAUUUGUAAAACCAGCCUUUGAAGAAUUCUGCUUGCCAACAAAGAAAUAUGCAGACGUUAUCAUUCCUCGGGGUGCUGACAACCUUGUGGCCAUUAACUUGAUAGUGCAGCACAUUCAAGACAUUCUGAAUGGUGGAAUGAACAAGCGACACAAUGGCUGCAUGAACGGCCACAGUACACCGCGACAACGACGGACCUCGGAGUCGAGCAGCCGCCCCCAUUGA